GUCGUGUGCAGCGCGCGGUGGGCGGGGCGGAGGAGGCGCGCGCCGUGCGCAGAGCGCGUGUGGCGCAGCGCAGAGAAGGAACAUAAACAGCUACAGUCACGUCGCCGAGCACCGUCUGUGUCUGUGUUGGCUGAGUGUCCAGACGGAUCAUGAAGCUGUGUUUUCUGUCUCAGUCAGAGGCUAUGAGCAGCAGCGAGUGCUUCGGGUGCGGCCGCUCGGGCCACUGGAUCAAGAACUGUCCGAGCGCGGGCCGCGGCCGAGGAAAGGGUCGUGGCCGAGGGAAAGAUCUGUUCUGCUAUCGCUGCGGAGAGCCGGGUCACGUGGCGAGGGACUGUGAGAGGACCGAGGAUGCGUGCUACAACUGUGGCAGGGGCGGCCACAUCUCCAGAGACUGCAAGGAGCCCAAGAAGGAGCGCGAGCAGGUGUGCUAUAACUGUGGUAAAGCUGGACACAUGGCCCGCGACUGUGAGCACGCUAACGAGCAGAAGUGCUACUCCUGCGGCGGCUUCGGACACAUCCAGAAGGGCUGCGAGAAGGUCAAGUGCUACAGGUGCGGGGAGAUCGGACACGUCGCCGUCCAGUGCAGCAAGGCCAGCGAAGUCAACUGCUACAACUGCGGCAAGUCCGGCCACGUGGCCAAGGAGUGCACCAUCGAGGCCAGCGCUUAGUGCCGGCUCCAUCGCCCCUCCUUUUCCUGAUUGAUGGUUGUAUUAUUGUGUCUGAAUCCUCUUCACUGGCCGGCGGUUGGCUGAUAGAGGCUAUUCCCAGGCCAGUGAGCUCUUGACAUGUAAAAGGAGGAAAGGGGUGGAAAAAACGUUCCACUUUCUGCAUUUAAUACAAAAAAAAGUUUAUGUUUAGUUUGGUAGAGGUGUAAUGUAUAAUGCUUUGUUAAAGAACCCCCUUUCCGUGCCACUGGUGAACAGGGAUGUGUGAGAGCGUUAGUGUGGACCGCGGCCUGGAGAGAUCAGAACCAGCCACACAGAGAUCAGGGAAGCGCUCGCUUCUGGACGAUCAGCAGUUGUGUUUAAUGGAAGAGUCUGCGAGCGAUUGACCUGGAAGAGCAGCACAGGACACGUCCGGUCCGGUCCGGUCAAACCAGCAGCACGCAGCUGCGUGGAGGAAAAUAAAUGAAUAUAAAGCAAACAACUUUAUAGCAUAUUCUGGAAACAGUUUGAGAACAUGAAAUCUUUGGACGGACAGAGUUCAGGUCGCUCUACCCAAGGUGAAAACUACAAUACAAUAACAAUAAAAGAAGAAGAAAAAACAGAGAUUUGGAGUUAGAAGAAAGGUGAAUGUUUUCACAGAAAUCAAAAUGAUAUUUUUGUACAAUAUCACUUAGACUACUCUUAAUAAUAAUGAUAAUAAUGAUAAUAAAAACUUUGAUUUGCUUGAACUAAAGUCGGAAGGUGAAUGCAACUGAAGUUGUAGGACAUAGAAAUGUAACUUAAACUAUCAAUAAAUCUGGAGGAGGAAGGGG